GGUUACUCAAAGUGAGGGGGUCUCGUGUCCGGGUAUCCGAUGGAUAGCCUAUUCGGGAAACGGGAUACUCGACCGGACCGCAUCCGUGGACUGCACCCCAGAGACAGAGAUGUAUAAACCACAUCUGCAGUCAUUGCAACUAAACCUCACCUUAUUAAGCAUCGGUACCAUCAUCCAGAGGCUUUCAUCCGCAAGAACCCGCCACAAUGCAAGCAAUCCGACUCCAUCCAGCGUCCCCGUCCCCCACAACAACACCAUACUCCCCCUCCAACCCAGCACCACCCUCCGCCCUCCACCUCGAUACCAAUAUCCCGAUCCCCAAGCCCUCAAAACCAGAUGAGCUCGUCAUCCGCGUCAAAGCCACAACCGUCGUGCGCGACAUGCUCACCUGGCCAGAGACCUACAGCCAUGAGUACGCCAUCCCAGGCAACGACGUCGCGGGCAUCGUGACGGCGGUCUUCGACGAGCAGACCAGCGACCUAAAACCCGGCGACGAGGUCUUCGGCAUGACGCACCCGGACCGCGCCGGCGCCUGGGCCGAGUACGCGCUCGUCCGCGCGCCCGACGAGGUCGCGCGCAAACCCGCCGCGCUGAGCUGGGAGCAGGCGGCGGCGCUGCCGCUCAGCGCGCUGACGGCGUACGAGGCGCUGUUCGUGCACGCUGGUCUCACGGCGCCUUUUCCGGAGGCUGCGGCUGCUAGCCGCUUGAAGAAGAAGAAGAAGAAGAAGAAGGAGGAGGAGGAGGAGGAGGCUCAAGCCCCCGCGCACAAGCAUCCGCAUCGCCGGCUCUUGAUCACCGGUGCUGCGGGCGCCGUCGGCGUUCAUCUCGUGCAGCUCGCGGCUGCCGUCAAAGGGCUGCAUGUCGUGGCGGCCUCCAGCUCGAAUGCGCGGAACGCGGAGUUCCUGCUUGGUCUGGGCGCGGAUGAGGCCGUCGAGUACGCGGAGCUGGGUGGUGUUCGGCAUGCGGAGUUCGAUGUCGUUGUUGAUGCGGUGGGUGGUGAGGUGUUGGCGCGCUGCUGGGAGUAUGUGAGGGCUGAUGGCCCCGGCGUGCUUGUCUCCGUGGACUCCGCUAGCUAUGACUUUGUGCAGAGGCAUACUGAGCGUGGCAUACGGAAGGACGGCGUCCGUGCUCUGUUCUUCAUUGUCCAGGGUAGUGGCACCGCGUUGCGCUAUUUGGCUGAGCUGGCGGAGCGGGGACUGCUGCUUUCUCUGGUGAAUUGUGUAUUUCCCUUUGAGAGGGUGCAGGAGGCGUAUGAGCUUGCGAGUGGGCGGUAUACGGGUCGCGGCAAGGUUGUCCUUACGAAUUGAGGGUGCGACGUUGUGGUCUAAGCUGUGUCAGUUGGGA